AUGUCGGGGCUCGAAAUACCCGCCUUUAUCGUUGGUCUAAGUGGCCUGAUUUCUGUUGUGGAGAAACCCUUGACGAUAUGGAAGAGUCUCGCCGAAGCAAAAGCGUUUGGUGCUGAUAUGACAGGCAUCGUGGCACAAUUAUCAAUGGAGUAUUACCGAUUCUUUGCCUGGUGCCGAGUCUCAGGAGCUCUUCAGGAGAACACGGGCGAUGCUAACCCAAAUCUACCAAGCGAUGCCGAACUGUCAUUUAAUAACAAUGCAUCAUUGAGUUUGGAGGCACCAAUAGAGAGUGCCAUCGCCAGAAUUAUUGAUAUUUUAACCGAAGUCACUGAGAUCUCAAACAAGUACAGAGAUUCGGAUACUUCAAGCGUGAAUCCUACAACGAGAAAGCCAAACACCAGUGUUGCCCACGCUUUGAGUACUGUGUUACCUCUUGUUGGAGCCAAGCACAACUCUGGGCUGGUCUCCAAAUUGGUACAACAGCGGCAGGCUGCGAAUGUGCUACAAGAAAAAACCUCCUUCAGGCUUCGCUUCACAUUCGGGUCCAAGCCCUGGGGCGAAUCAGACAAGGUUGCUCUAAAUGAAAAGGUGCAAAAGCUGUGCUACUGGAACGAUCGGCUUGAGCGAAUCAUACCAGGCACUAUACGGUCUACAUUGAGCAGCCAAGCUUUACCUGCACAUAUGCUCGCAGACGAGAACCAAAAGAUAUUGGACACACUCAUAGAAGCUUCUCAAAAUGAUAAAGUGUCUGUGAGAACGCAUGGAAAGUUGUGGCAGGAGCGACUAAAGUUUGAAAAGGGAGUUUCCAUCAAUGCGAGCGACUGGGAAAAGUAUAGACGCACGAACUCGUCAAUUGAUGAAAUUGAAGGGUUUGGGAAGAGUACUUGCUCAGUCACUCUCAAAUUAUUCAAAGACGGCCAAAAGCCACCAUACAUCUGUGUCGUCGAGUGGUACUCGUAUGGAACGCUUGACUGGACCAACGACGACGUGCAAAUCGCCACUAGCCGCAUUGCAGGACUCGUGCACAUGUCAUCUCAACCCGAAAUCCCGCAGAGUCUUAGGAUUCUCAAGGGUCUUUGCUUUGUAGAAACAUCCGACGCAGUUGGACUAGUCUGCAAAAUUCCUGAUGCCGCCAAUCAUUCAAAGCAGCCUGUGUCCCUAAGUUCUCUUAUGCGAAAGGAAACUCAAGUCGCGACCGGCUUCAAGCGACCCAGCUUGGAGAGACGCCUUCAACUUGCCCAGGACCUCGCGAGCGCCAUUUACUCCUUUGGCCUUAUCCGUUGGUUUCACAAAGACUUCAACUCGCAAAACGUCGUGUUCUUCAGGGACAAGGCAGAACCUGCCGCGAUCCUCUUCGACUCCCCCUACAUCGCAGGCUUCUCUAUUGCACGCCCAGAUACUGCCGCGCAAAAGUCGCUAGACGUGAAUCGUGAGGCACAAGCAAUAUACAUGCAUCCCGAUCUUCGCAGAAGAGAACCCAAUGACAGGCCGCGAUAUCACAGGAAAUACGAAAUGUAUAGUCUGGGGCUAGUGCUGUGCGAGAUUGCCAUGUGGGCCACGAUCGAUCGCAUGGCUUCAAGCAUGUUGGAACCCGAAGCCUUCAAAAGCAAGAUAACCAAGAUCUGCGAAGAGGACAUGGGAUUCUUCGUGCCAAGAAGAUAUUGUGACCUUGUCGUGCGAUGUCUCAAAUGUGCAGAUGAUGCCGAUGAGGCAGCAAGUUCUUUAGACACUCUGUACUGGUCUGUUGUGCUAGAACUUGCCAAAUGCAGAUAUUGA